UUAAUCCGACUAGAGAUGACGUCAGUGUCAUCAUCAAAAACGCCAUUUUGUUUUCAGUACAGAAUGACAGAAAAAUGAACAGUGUUUUAAAAAUAAAGAAAGUGCAUUGAUGUAAUAUAUACGUUAAAUUAAUCUAAAGCUUCGCGUAUCGCUUUUCACUAUGAACAGAACAGAAGGCUUAAUACAGAGGAAAAACGUAAAUAGUCAAGCGAAUGAGAAAAUUUCCGAUGACGAAAGACGAUUCAACCCAUCAGACGACGACGAUGAUGUUGACUCGAAAGAAACGAGAUUAACGUUAAUGGAAGAAGUUCUACUCUUAGGUCUGAAAGAUAAAGAGGGUUAUACUUCAUUUUGGAAUGAUUGCAUUUCAUCUGGUUUACGUGGAUGUAUUUUGGUUGAAUUAGCAUUAAGAGGAAGAAUAGAACUUGAACGGGCAGGAAUGAGACGAAAAAGUCUUCUUAUGCGCAAAGUUUUACUAAAGAAUGAUGUGCCAACUGGUGAUGUUUUACUUGAUGAAGCUCUGAAGCAUAUCAAAGAAACAAACCCUCCAGAAACAUUACAAAAUUGGAUAGAUUAUUUAAGUGGUGAAACUUGGAAUCCUUUGAAACUUCGUUAUCAGCUAAGAAAUGUUAGGGAGCGCCUGGCAAAAAAUCUAGUCGAAAAAGGUGUACUGACUACUGAAAAACAGAAUUUUGUUUUGUUUGAUAUGACAACUCAUCCUUUGGUAGAUUCAACCUCAAAAAAUAAAUUAGUGAAGAAAGUUCAAGAUGCAGUUUUAGGUAAAUGGGUGAAUGACCCUCAUAGAAUGGACAAAAGGCUUUUAUGUUUAAUUAUUCUAGCUCAUGCAUCGGAUGUUCUUGAAAAUGCCUUUGCUCCUCUUUCGGAUGACGAUUAUGAAGUUGCAAUGAAACGUGUCAGAGAAUUGUUGGAUCUAGACAUGGAAGGAGAAAGCAUGAAGCCUAAUGCCAAUGAAACUAUGUGGGGAGUUUUUGCAGCUUUUAUUAAGUGAUUAUUUUUGCUUUCAUCUAUCAGGUUAAUUUUCUUCUGAGCAUUGACAGAAUGGCACAUCGUGUUGAGUGUACUGUAAAUUUUUCCGUGCUUUUCGGGAUAAUUCCUCCCAGGUGUAAAGAACAGUGCUAUCUGUCUUUAAAUUGGGAACACUAAUUAGAAUGGAUCAAGUAAAUUACAUUCUUUAAUAUUUUGGGUGACAGGAAAUAUAUUGUUAGAUAAAUUGUCCAGAAUUAAAUUGGGCAAUGAUACAUGUUAAUUAUUAUACAGAAUAAAUUUUCAUUGUUGGUCCACCUAUAUUUAAUUAAAACAAUAAAGAAAAUAAAAUCAUUUUAAUAAAUUAUAUAAUUUGAGUAAAUAUAUUUAUGUAUAUAUUUGAAGUUUUCCAUUUAAUCAUACACAU